UUUUGUGAUAAAUAUGAAAAAAUGUUUAUGCUAGCUGCAUUUUCCAACAAAAUGUUUCUUUUAUAGGAUAUAGAGGUGUGUUUUUCCGCCAACUGGGGGCAGCAGAGAGCUUUCAAAACAAGUAUUAGAGACAGUCAGUGUCACAUGACACUGAGGCCUGCUAGAGGAGACCAUCUCUUGGAAGACGGGGACAGCGCAGGAAGAACGUCUGUCAUGUCUCUAGUCCCAGCCCCCCUCAACACCGGACGGUUGGGCCCGGAGGCGCUCCUGAGAGAGAUCCACACCAAUCUGCUGGAGUGUAAAGUGUGCUUUGAGAAGUUCAGUGGGCAGCAGAGGGAGCGCAGGCCUCGGAACAUGCCCUGCGGUCAUGUGCUCUGCCUGGAGUGCCUCACCCUGCUCUCCCACCCCCAUCUGCACAAGCUGGAGUGCCCCUUCUGCAGGCAGCUGUGCAGCGUGUCCGACACCUCCGACUGCCUGCCCCUUUUCGACCUAUCGGAGCUGCUGGUGCGCGGUAGCCCCAGGCCGGCCGUCCCACACAGGGUGAGUGCAGGCACCGGUCGGGCUGGGGGGCUGGAGUACGGGGCUCUGCAGCUGCACUCUGCCUUCGGGGGCUGGGGGAACCUGGUGAACCCCACAGGGCUGGCUGUGUUCGGGUCGUCAGGGGCGGUGGCAGUGGUGCAUGACAGUGACAGGAGAGUAGCAGUCUUCAGUCCCCAGGGGAGGCGGCUGCACAAGUUUGGACAGAGAGGCCACGCCCCUGCUGAGAUCUGCCACCCUCUGGAUGUUGCAGUGGCACCCAGUGGGCACGUGAUCAUAGCAGACGCAGGCGACAGCUCUGUGAAGGUGUUCACCUCCAGGGGGCGCAGUGUGGUGACCAUCCGUGACUCCUUCAAACUGCCCUGGGGUGUGGAGGUGGAUGGAUGUGGGCACAUCUUGGUGACAGAUGCCCAGGCGGGCACAUUGUCAGAAGUGGUGGUGGACUAUGCCCGCUCCCUCACAGUGCUGAACCGAUUAGUCAGCACUGACCUGCAGUGCCCAAGGUCGGUGGCCUACUGUCGGGUAACUGGGAACGUUGCCGUGGUAGAGCACAUUGGAGGCUUGGCAGAAAGAGGUACUGGCAGUGAUUGUGCACAGGUCACAAUAUUCAACAGCGAGCUCACCCUCCUCAUGAAGAUUGACAGCUUCGGCCUAACGCUUGUUUCCCCAGUGAGGCUAUGCAUCUCUGCUGUGGCUUUUGACAGGGAGGGGCAUGUGAUUGUGGCAGAUGUGGGGCAGGGGAUGAUUUGGAGUUUGGGGAAGCCCCAGAAUCAUCCAGUACUGACCCCACUGGUCAGUCAUGGACUGGUACGUCCUGUGGGUCUUGUGGCCACUGCUCAAAACAUGCUGAUUGUCCUGGACAGUGGAGACCACUCAGUGAAGUUGUACAUGGCCAAUUCAGACCUCAGUAUAACAAAACAGUGAUACUGGUUCACAUACCUUUAACCAAUGAGAUUUCUUACAGGGUGCACUGUAACUAUCCUGAGUUCUUUUCAUUUAACUACGAGUAACAAAUUUACAAGACUAUACAACCUUUUAUUGAUUGCGUAACAGUUUGCAAAUCACUGAAAUGAAGGAAAUAUUUUUAGAGUUAAGUCAGCUUUGCUUAAAUUCCUUGCUGAGAGUAAAGUGCAUUUGGACAAAACAACAUAUCUACUAGAUUUAAAAUCCCCCAUUGAUUAUUUUUUUAAAUUUUAUUUUAUUCUUUUUUUGGGGGGGGGGGCAUUUUUUUAAAAACGGAGUGUGUUCAUUACUGUUUCCCUCUGUGUCAUCCAUGGUAUUGAGAUCUUAUUUCUACUAUUUUACCAAAAUUUCAAACAAAUUAAAGAUGAAAUGUAACUACAUUUUACUAGACUGCCAUGUCAACGGUGGGAGGAUUGAUGCAAUAAAGAUGUGUGCUCUGUA